GCCCGAGCGCCGCCUCCCGCCGGCAGCAAUCUCCGUGCUAUAGCGCAAGUCCAAGGUUGACAAACAUCGUAAAGAGUCGCAACUAUAUGUUAUCCCAGCCGCGUCUAACACGAAGAUCAAACGAUUUGCAGUGUGAUCUUGGUUGCGGAACGUGGGGCAUCUUCUUCAACACCGGCCAUUGCAGCUGAAACCCGUAGCGGCCCACCCCCCUCUCAGCUCCCCGGUGCCGGCCGUCCUCGCCGCCUGCCGGCCCCCACCAACCCGCGCCCACCGCCGCUGUCAACCAACUCCCGUUCCUGACCCUCACCCACCCCACUCCACGCCGCAGCGCGCCCUGCACUUGCCAGCCCCCGCCGGCGCAUGCGGCGUCGUCCUUCCCUCUCAUGCCCGGGCCACUUGCCUCCCCACGCCGACAUGUCCCGCCGCGCGAGCGCCGCCCGCGACCGGUGCUUGGAGCUGGAGCGCGCCAUCGCUGGCCGCGUCCGCUCGGGAAGCCUCGGCCUCGACGACGCCGUCAAGAUGUUCGACGAAUUGCUCCCCCACGCCAGGCCGGCCUCGGUUCGCGCCUUCAACCAGCUCCUCACCGCCGUCUCUCGCGCCCAGGGCAGGGGCUCCUCCUCCUCUGAGCUCGUCCCCUCCCUCUUCAACCGGAUGGCCCGUGCUUGCUCCGACAAGGUAGCUCCCGACCUGCACACCUACAGCAUCCUCAUCGACCGCUUCUGCCGCAUCGGACGCCUGGAGCUUGGUUUCGCUGCCUUUGGCCUCAUCCUUAAGACAGGCUGGAGGGUGAAUGGCAUAGUCAUCAAUCCACUGCUCAAAGGUGUCUGUGACAGAAAGUGCGUGUCUGAGGCCAUGGACAUAUUGCUCCGACGAAUGCCUGAGUUUGGCUGCACGCCAGAUGUAGUUUCAUACAGCACAGUUCUAAAGGGUUUAUGCAACGAAAAGAGAGCUGAGGAGGCACUUGAGCUGCUCCACAUGAUGGCCGAUGAUGGAGGUGGUAGCUGCCCACCAAAUGUCGUGGCGUACACCACCGUCAUCAAUGGCUUGUUUAGAGACGGUCAGGUGGACAAAGCUUACAACCUAUUUCGUGAAAUGGAUGACCGGGGGAUUUCGCCGACUGUUGUGACCUACACCACAGUCAUCAAUGGCUUGUUUAGAGAUGGUCAGGUGGACAAAGCUUACAACCUAUUUCGUGAAAUGGAUGACCGGGGGAUUUCGCCGACUGUUGUGACCUACACCACAGUCAUUGAUGGCCUGAGCAAAGCUCAAGCAGUUGACAGGGCCGAGGGCGUCCUUCAGCAGAUGAUUCAUAAAGGUGUCAAGCCAGACAAUCAGACAUAUACUUGUCUGAUCCAUGGAUAUUGCUCUUCAGGACAGGGGAAAGAGGUGGUUCGAAUGCUCAAAGAAAUGUCCGCGCAUGGUCAUAAGCCAGAUACUGUCACUUGUACUUUGCUGCUGGAUCACCUUUGCAAGAGUGGAAGAUGCACAGAGGCUAGAAAGAUUUUUGAUUCUAUGAUUGAAAAGGGCACAAAACCUGAUGUAACUACAUAUGGCGUUCUGCUUCAUGGUUAUGCUACCAAAGGAGCUCUUUCUGAUAUGCGUGGCCUCUUGGAUUUGAUGGUAGAAAAUGGUGUUUCACCUAACCAUCAUACCUUUAACAUAGUUCUCUGUGCGUAUGCUAAAGGUGGUAUGAUAGAUGAGGCAAUGCAUAUAUUUGACCAAAUGAGGCAGCAAGGGUUGAGUCCUGAUGUAGUCAACUAUGGAGCAUUAAUAGAUGCACUUUGCAAGUUGGGAAGAGUGGAUGAGGCAAUGCUUAAAUUCAAUCAGAUGAUCCAUGAAGGGGUGACUCCUGGUAUCGUUGUUUUUAGCUCACUAGUUUAUGGACUGUGCACUGUUGACAACUGGGAGAAGGCCGAGGAAUUAUUUUCUGAAAUGCUGAAUCAAGGGAUCCAUCCCAAUGCCACGUUCUUCACCACAAUAAUGCGUAACCUUUGCAAUGGAGGACGAGUCAUGGAAGCUCAGAGUCUCCUUGACUUGAUGGUACAUGUAGGUGUGAGACCUAAUGUUAUCUCAUAUAAUACAUUAAUAGAUGGCUACUGCUUAGCUGGUAGGAUGAAGGAAGCUAUGAAGUUACUUGAUGCUAUGGUCCGAGUUGGCUUGAAACCAGAUACUGUUUCUUUUAAUACUUUGCUUCAUGGCUAUUGUAGAGCUGGCAGGAUAGAGGAAGCUGUGAAGUUACUUGAUGCUAUGGUCCGAGUUGGCUUGAAACCAGAUACCGUUUCUUUUAGUACUUUGCUUCAUGGCUAUUGUAGAGCUGGCAGGAUAGAUGAUGCAGUUAGACUAUUCAGAGAAAUGUUGAGCAAUGAAGUUAAGCCUGGAAUUUUCACUUAUAACAUUGUACUUCAUGGUUUGUUUCAGUCUGGGAAGUUUUCUGAAGCAAAAGAACUCUAUCUCAAUAUGAUCAAAAGUGGAAUGCAGCUGAACAUUUACACGUACAAAACAAUUCUGAAUGGUCUUUGCAAAAAUAAAUGUGUUGAUGAGGCAUUUAAAAUAUUUCAGAGUCUAUGUUCUAAGGAUUUUCAACUUGACAUCAUUACCUUCAAUAUUAUGAUCGAUGCUUUGCUCAAAAGUGGCAGAAAGGAAGAUGCUAUGGAUAUGUUCACUGCUAUCUCUGCCCAUGGUUUAGGUCCAGAUGUUGUGACCUAUCGCUUAAUGAUAGAAAAUCUCAUAAAAGAAGGGUUGCUAGAAGAGUCUGACAAUCUGUUUUCAGCAAUGGAAAAGAGUGGAUGCACUCCAGACUCAUGUAUGCUAAAUGCUCUAGUUAGGAGGCUGUUGCGUAGAGGUGAGAUAAUGAGGGUUGGGGCUUACCUCUCCAAAAUUGAUGAGAUGAACUUCUCACUUGAGGCAGCCACUACUUCCUUGCUAAUAUCAGUUUUGUCGAGGGAGGAAUAUCAGCACCAUGCAAAGUCCCUGCCUGAAAAGUAUCAUUUUCUUAAGGAGAUCAAUAAAUGAGGAUUUUUUUUCAGAGGAAUUGGAUUCUCAACUGUGUUGAGACAUCUUUAUGUGGCGCGUAAAUUUGUUGGAGUGAUUAUGUCUGUCUAUUGCAGUGAUUAUUUCUGUCUCAUGCUCUAAUUUACUUACCAUAUUCUACGGUCUCCUUUGUUUAGAGAAAUGUUAUCAUGAUAGUGCUCUUCGGUAUGAAGUUUAUCACCAAGGAAAAAUUAUCUUAUUUUCAGUUGCACUUAUCUUUAUAACAGGGAUCAAUUUACAUGUUAA